CAAGGUGAAGGAUUUUGUUAAACUGACAGCCUGGUCACCGGAAUCAUAGGACCAAAGUCGUCCAGGUACAUCCCCUCGAAUUUUAUCCCGUCUUCGUCAAAAAACCCCCAUCACCCCUCUGUUUUCCUUUUCUCUUUGUCUUACAAAUAUCAUUCACAAAGCAACAAAAAUCUUCGAACUAUUUGGGUUUUCAUCUGGACGAUGCGAUUCUACCGAAACUGGUAUUCCGACUGUUGCUGCCGCCGCUGCUGCUUCUGCUCUUGUUACUGUUGUUGCUGUCAUUAAUUUUCCUACGGGUUAGGGUUAUAUCGUUGUUUUCAUUUGUGAAUUGUUCGACUUUUGAUUUGUUUGUAGCAAAUUGUGAUGGAUUUGAGUCAAUCUCAAUCGAGUAAUCUGUCGUUAGGGUUUAUUAGUCAUGUUUCGCCGGUGAUGAGCGCACCCAAUCGGUCUCAUAUCGUCGAUGAUUCGAUUGCUUUUCAGAUCGAUUCUAGGGUUAAGGACCAAUCGUACCCGGUUACGCCGGUUCCACUUCAACUGAUGGAUAAACAAACGAAGGAGAAUGGGAAGGAGGGGGGAGAGAGUGCGGAUGAGGAGAGGGAUGUCGAAGAGUUUCGAAUUUUAGGGCAUUCCAUGUGUAUUAAGCGGAAGAGAGAUACUGAUGCGAGUUCAUCUUCUUCCUCUUCGAAGAGUUUUAAGGUUACGAGUUCUAAUGAGAAUUUGCUUGGGCUUGAGUCGCGAAGAAAUGCGGUUAGGGCCUGGGGUAAUCAGGGUUUGCAGGUAGCUGACCCGGAUAUAUUUGAGAUUAUGGAGAAGGAGAAGCAGAGACAGUACAGAGGGAUUGAACUGAUUGCUUCUGAAAAUUUUGUAUGCAAGGCUGUGAUGGAGGCAUUGGGGAGCCAUUUGACAAAUAAGUAUUCUGAAGGAGCACCGGGGGCAAGGUAUUAUGGUGGAAAUCAGUUUAUUGAUGAAAUUGAGACAUUAUGUUGUAAGCGUGCGUUAGCUGCUUUUGGACUUGACCCGGAGAAUUGGGGUGUGAAUGUGCAACCAUAUUCAUGUACUUCAGCAAACUUUGCAGUUUAUACUGGCUUAUUGCUCCCUGGUGAUCGGAUAAUGGGAUUGGAUACACCAUCUGGUGGAAACACAAGUCAUGGGUAUUAUUUACCUAAUGGGAGGAGAGUUUCAGGGGCUUCAAUUUUCUUUGAGUCUCUGUCUUACAAGGUUGACCCCCAAACUGGGUAUGUAGAUUUUGAUAAGCUCGAGGAAAGGGCUCUUGAUUUCCGUCCCAAGAUACUUAUAUGUGGGGGGAGUUCGUAUCCCCGGGAAUGGGAUUAUGCAAAGUUUAGACAGAUUGCUGACAAAUGUGGUGCGGUUUUGUUGUGCGAUAUGGCACAAAUUAGUGGUCUCAUUGCUGCAAAGGAAUGUGCGAGUCCGUUUGAUUAUUGUGAUAUAGUUACCUCAACAACUCACAAAAGUCUUCGAGGUCCUAGGGGAGGUAUUAUCUUUUAUAGGAAAGGUUCAAAGCCAAGAAAGAGAGGCCUGCUCUUGAAUCAAGGUGAUGGCAGUGAUAAGUAUGAUUUUGAGGAAAAGAUAAACUUUGCUGUUUUUCCUGCACUGCAAGGAGGGCCACACAACAACCAUAUUGCUGCCCUCGCCAUAGCAUUGAAACAAGUGGCGACUCCUGAUUACAGGGCUUAUAUGCAACAAGUUAAGAGAAAUGCUCAGGCGUUGGCAGCUGCUUUAUUGAGAAGAAACUGCAGACUGGUUACUGGAGGGACUGACAAUCACAUGAUAUUGUGGGAUCUAAGAAACCUUGGGUUAACAGGUAAGAAUUUUGAGAAGGUCUGCGAGUUGUGUCACAUCACUCUCAACAAAGUAAUGGUCUUUGAUGAUAAUGGAAGUAUUACUCCUGGAGGUGUGAGGAUCGGGACCCCUGCUAUGACCUCACGAGGCUGUAUAGAGAAUGAUUUUGAUACGAUGGCAGAUUUCCUCCUCAAGGCAGCACAAAUUACAAAUUCGAUACAGAGAGAGCAUGGAAAGCUCGCUAAGGGUUUUCUGAAAGGCCUUGAGAACAAUAAAGAUGUUAUCGAGUUACGGACACGUGUUGAAAAUUUUGCAACCCUCUUUGCUAUGCCUGGGUUUGAAGUAUAAUGUAGCUGGAAAUGUAGUUCUGGUGGAGGAACUCUUUCUUUAUUUGUUGACCAACCUUUGUUGUGGAUGGGGAGAACAGCGGUGCACCCAACUCGUGGUUAGUGAUUGAGUAGGCUAUAUGAUGUGUUCAAGUUUCCCUUGAGCUUAGCAGGCAUGGAUUAACUUAUGAUAUGCCACAAUGGAGUGUUUUGCUUCCUUAUCUACUGCCAUGGUAAAUUGAAGUAAUGGUCUGUGUCAGUUUUUUUUGUCAAGGGUUUUGGUAAAUUAAAUAGUGUCACUGUUUCAUUUUCCUAUAGCUAUUUUAAACACACUCGUUUCGGGUCUCACUAUUCUUGGUUGUAUCUAUAUUAUUAUAUCUUUAACAUUCAACUUGUAUAUACUCUGUAGUUCUCUCAUUGAAGAGGUUACAAGGUUGAAUAUACGUAAAUCUGAGUAAACAAGAAACGAAGGAAAAUCAAAGGGAAGGUUUGAAAUAA